AUGCGCGCACCAUCGUCGGAGCUCCUCUGGGCAAUGCGAGUUGCAUGCCGGGUCCCAUCAUCGCAAAAUGCCUGCUUUGCAAGAGCUGCGCGGCAAACAAUGCCAGUGCGCACAACUCGACCAUUAACCACCUCAUCACGACUUUGCGCCGUCGCUCCACAACCUCAAUCACGAUCUCAGCUUUCAGGUGGUCGUCCAGAUCCGCCUCGAAUUAAUCCACGUGCUCCCAAAACUCAUGACCGUGGUCCAGUCUCCGAAGAAGAAACACAAACCGAUUUCUCCAAGAUGGACAUCCUCGCGAACGCAGGCGCAGUGACUCCUGCAACUAGCAUUGAUGCAUGUGUGAACGAUGGCUUCCAUCUCAACAAUGGGCAACAAACCGUCGGCGGAAUGGGCCUUCUUCUGCUCGAUGGCGAGGCAUUCGUGUGGACUCCCUGGGACACAAAUGCAGUAUCGAACGCAGAAGGUUUUGGCAAGCUGCUUGACAAGAGAGGGAUCAUUAACAUCCCGAAAUCGUCGCUAGGGGUCUUGGAGCUUGUUUACCCCAAGCCGGAUCUUCUGAUUAUUGGCACUGGAAGGAAACUGUGGAUGUUGGGAAAAGAGACGAGGGAAUAUCUGUCCGAGAGGCUGGGGAUCAGAGUGGAUGUUAUGGAUACGGGCAAUGCUGCAGCGGCAUAUAAUCUACUGGCAAUGGAAAGGGGCGUCACUGAGGUUGCUGGUCUGAUGAUCCCGGAUGGCUUUAGAGGGAUCUAA